CUCUUUUGUAUGACGCACGACAAUGCAGUUCACUGCCGCCGGACCUGCCCGGGCUGCCGGAGAGAAAUCAGUCUGUCAUCCAUCUUCGGAAUGACAUGAGGGUCCAUGGAGGCACCUAGUUAGGAAGGCAUAGAUAAUCACUUCAGGCAAUGCUGGAGACCACCUUGUUAACAAGGACUACAGCAGCACAUUGCAAACAUCCCUGGAGGACUUCAGGUUGUCGCACCUGUAUUGGUCGGCAUCUUAUAAUUGCCAUUUGCUUGGGACGCUCGUGCUUUGAUUGAGAGAGCAGUCAUGGACAGCAAUAAAGUGGCAGACAUUGGAACUGGUCUGUGGAGCCAUUGUUAUCAUCUCUGACCAUCUGCUACCGAAGGCUGACAUUCCAUCUCAUUUGCAUGAGCAUGAAUGUCACACUCACGUCUUAAAAGAGCUGAAGAAACGUGUGUGCUGUAAGCAGAGCGGCCCAGGGGACCUCACACAACAUCUCAUUCAUUACAGGCCAAACACAACAAGAUGGAGUCUGACAGUGAAGAGAAUCGCAGCGAAACAUGUGAUGUUCUGCCUGACUGCAUCGCUGAGGCACCCAGCUUGCAUUUGGGAGCGGGUAAAAAGCGGACGGCCGCAGAAGGGGCUCGCGGGGCGCCAGUCAACAAGCGGAAAUCACUCCUGAUGAAGCCUCGCCACUACAGUCCCAGUCCCUGCCCCAGCGAGGGGAACGGCGAGGACCUGGCAACCGCACAGGACAAAGACGCACCCAGGAACACUGACACUCCAGCAGAUGAAGACCUUCUGGAAGACGCCAUUUAUCACAACACGAAGCCUCACCACUUGCUGUCCUGGUCGGAUCAAGCCAGUGAGGGUUCGCCAGAUCUAGACGCUCACAUCUCCGAACACCACAACCUGCAAGAUGAGGAGAACAACCAGGACUUUGAAGACAAAAACCAAGAAGAGAUCAGAGUCAGCUAUCACCUGUCUCCAGAUAGAGAAGAAGACGAGGAAGAAUGGAGCGCUCCGGCAUCUUUAACACCGGUCAACGGGAUCAAUCACAGUCCCAGCCCGCCUGCAGACGACGCUCUAAUGAAAAGACUCCGGAUGGGACAGCAGCUCCAUGAAGAUGCUUUCUCCAUGUUUAUGAACAGAAACAGCGGAGGAGCUUUGAUGGAGGAGUACGGAUCUGCUAGAGAGUUCAGUGACAGCGAGGAGGAGCUCAGGAUGGAGGAGCGGGGAGGCGUUUGGGGUCCCGGGCUGGUGGCUAGGCGUCUGGAGCUGGACCGAGCUCGGCUGAACCUCAGUCUUCUGGAGCAGGCCAUGGUGCUGCAGUCUGAGCAUCGACAGGUUCUCCACAGUGCCUAUAAAGAUAUGGACCGCUUCUUCUUGGAGCAGAUGAACCACGAACGCAGGCAGCAGAGGAUGAUGGAGAUGGACGCUCGCAGCUUGUACCAUAGCAACAAAGACUCUCCUCGCACCGAGAAGAAAGACAUCAAAUGUCCGACCCCAGGCUGCGACGGGACGGGUCACGUGACGGGCCUCUAUCCUCAUCACCGGAGUCUGUCUGGAUGUCCUCACAAAGUCCGCGUGCCCCCAGAGAUUCUCGCCAUGCAUGAAAACGUCCUCAAAUGUCCGACGCCUGGAUGUACAGGAAGAGGUCAUGUUAACAGUAACCGUAGCACGCAUAGAAGUCUCUCGGGCUGUCCGAUUGCAGCCGCUGAAAAGAUCUCCAAACCUCAGGAGGAUCCAGUAAAAUGCAGACCGACAGCCGAGAGAAUGACCAGACCUUUAGGAAACAUGAAGAAAUUUGACUUCACAUACAGAUUUGCACAUCCUAUGGCAGCGCUGCAGGCCAGCAUGGCCAAAGACAUAGACAAGUUCAAUAAAGGCCACUUCGACUACGCCAGUUUUGAUGCCCAGGUCUUUGGCAAGCAGGCUCAGAUGGCAUCCGAGCAGAGUCACGAAUCUUCACACUUUCCUGACCCCGCUCAGUUCCCCUGUUUUCUGAGUCCGGCCGCUCGUAUGAUCCUGCCCGGAGACAGCAGCCCGAGCCGCCAUAAAGCCCACAGCAACGCCCUCCAGUCCAGCAUGGCAUCGGCCGCCAUCCUGAACCUCUCCACCCGCAGCCGAGAGCACUGCGAGCCCCUGCCCCCCGUGCGGCCCCUGGCACCAUCCACAAAGGACUCACUCAUCGAGGUGGACGAGAACGGGACGCUGGAUUUAAGCAUGAAGAAGAAGAGAGAAAAGGCCGGAGAUUCUCCAAUGAUGCCGGCUUUAGGAGACGCUCUCUUCAGUCCAGCUGAGCCUGCACUGGCCAAAGCGGCGGGUCUCCAGAUCUCACCAGCCAUUUACAGAGUCCUCUAUGAACAGGACGCCUGGGACACACCGCUCAACUACAGCAAAACACCUGCACAACACGACAAAGAGAUGGAUCAGUUGGAGAAGGCGUCUCUUGAAGAUAAAGUCUUCAAUGGUGACGUGAACAUGGCAAAAAACAAGAUGCUCAUAAGAGAUGCCAAGAAAGAGCUGAUGAGUUGUCCAACACCGGGUUGUGAUGGCAGUGGUCAUGUGACUGGAAAUUAUGCGUCACACAGAAGUGUAUCUGGAUGCCCGUUGGCUGAUAAGACGCUGAAAUCACUAAUGGCUGCUAAUUCUCAAGAGCUAAAGUGCCCGACUCCUGGCUGUGAUGGCUCAGGUCAUGUGACAGGAAACUAUGCAUCUCAUAGGAGUCUGUCAGGCUGCCCUCGUGCCAGGAAAGGAAGCUUGAAGCUCACGCCAAGCAAAGAGGACAAAGAAGAGCCAGAGAUAAAGUGCCCUGUGGCAGGCUGUGAUGGUCAAGGCCACGUGUCUGGUAAAUACACGUCCCACCGCAGCGCAGGAAGCUGCCCGAUCGCCACCAAACGUCAGAAGGAGAGCCCGCUGAAUGGGUCGGCCUUCUGGAAGGUGUGCAAGCAGGAGCUCCCACACUGCCCUUUGCCCGGCUGCAACGGUCUGGGUCACGCCAACAAUGUCUUUGUCACACACAGGAGUUUGUCGGGAUGUCCACUAAACGCCCAGAGCAUCAAGAAGAAACUCUCUGAUGAAGAGAUGAUGACCAUCAAACUCAAAACCAGCAGCGGUGUUGAAAACAAUGAGGACAUGCAGCACUUGGAUCACGAAAUAAAAGAGCUGAACGAGUCCAAUCUGAAGAUCGAAGCAGACAUGAUGCAGCUCCAGACUCAGAUCUCCUCCAUGGAGUGCAACCUGAAGACGAUCGAGGAGGAGAAUAAAAUCAUCGAGCAGCACAAUGACAGUCUGUUGAAGGAGUUAGCCAGGCUCAGUCAGGCACUCAUCAACAGUCUGACAGACAUACAGCUACCGCAAAUGGGCCCGAUAAACGAGCAGAACUUUGAAGCGUACGUGAACACGCUGACGGAUAUGUACAACAGCUCGGAGCAGGAGUAUUCACCUGAAUGCAAAGCCUUACUGGACAGCAUCCGACAGGCCAUCAAGGGCAUCCACGUAUAAGAGCUGCGGCGUCUGUGCAACAAACAACACAAAUACUCCAUUCCAAGACAACAACAACAACAAAACAAAAAAGCAUUGCACUGAAGAAAAAAAAAAUACCAGCCACAAUUUUUACAGCUCAAUGUUCCUUUUAGUACCUCCUUUUGCACUUAUUUAUUUCCUAUGGGUUGCUUGACUUCUGUAUCGUUCUUUUGUGUGUUAUAUUAUGGCUACAUAUUAUUAUUACC